UCCUCCUCACAGUAACCGCCCGGCGCCCCUCCGCGCACACGCAUCUCCGUUUGGCGACGCUGCCUGGUGAGAGGCGCGAACGGAGCGGCGGCGGAAGAUGGCGGUGCCGAUCAGGCACAGCCCGCAGGCGGACCGCAAGCAGCUGGGUGAAGGGUCAGGCCGGGGACCUGCUCCUCCCUCUCUCCCUCCCCGCCCUGACAUGCCAACCCGGCAGUCGGCGGUGCAGCAGCGUGCGAGCAGCGUUUCCUCCCCCGUGCCCCGCCGCAGGAUGGAGAUUGAGCUUCUGGAGACCGAUGUGCUGGAGUCGCUGGAGGACCUGGGUUACAAAGGUCCAUUGUUAGAUGAUGGAGCACUGACUCAGGCAGUCUCUCGUGGAGCCAGUUCCCCAGAAUUCACCAAACUCUGUGCUUGGUUGGUAUCUGAAUUACGGCUGUUCUGUAAACUAGAGGAAAAUGUUCAGGCCACUAACAGUCCAAAUGAAGCAGAAGAAUUUCAGCUUGAAAUGAGUGGGCUGCUGGCUGAAAUGAACUGUCCGUAUGCAUCCUUAACAUCAGGAGAUGUGACAAAACGCCUUCAUAAUCAAAAGAACUGUCUCUUGCUGCUUACAUACCUCAUCUCAGAACUGGAAGCUGCCAGAAUGCUGUGUGUGAACACCCCUCCUAAAAAAGCACAGGAAGGAGGUGGCAGUGAAGUCUUUCAGGAGCUAAAAGGCAUAUGUAUUGCUUUAGGCAUGUCCAAGCCUCCAGCCAACAUAACGAUGUUCCAGUUCUUCAGUGGAAUUGAAAAAAAACUGAAGGAAACUUUAGCAAAGGUUCCACCUAAUCAUGUUGGAAAACCUUUACUGAAGAAACAACUGGGACCAGCUCACUGGGAAAAAAUUGAAGCAAUUAAUCAAGCCAUAGUCAACGAAUAUGAAGUCCGAAGAAAACUGUUAGUCAAACGUUUGGAUGUAACUGUGCAGUCCUUUGGCUGGUCAGAUAGAGCUAAGAGUCAAACAGAAAAACUGGCUAAAGUCUACCAGCCAAAACGUGCCCUCUUAUCUACUAAAUGCACUAUUUCCAUUGCAAAUCUCUUGGCAGCUCGGCAGGAUCUAUCAAAGAUUAUGAGAACAAGCAGUGGGUCCAUCCGAGAAAAGACCGCAUGUGCCAUCAACAAGGUGCUAAUGGGUAGAGUGCCUGACAGAGGAGGAAGGCCAAAUGAAAUUGAACCUCCACCUCCUGAGAUGCCACCAUGGCAGAAACGACCGGAGUCUGGUUCACAGCAAGGUGGUGGCAGAGGAGGAAGAGGUGGCUACGAAUCCUCUUACGGUGGGCGAGGAGGUUAUGACCAUGGGGGUCACGAUCGAGGAGGAAGAGGAGGCUAUGACUCGUAUGGAGGGCGAGGAGGUCAUGAACAAGGAAGCCAUGGACGAGGAGGACGUGGUGGUUAUGAUCAUGGCGGCAGAGGAGGUGGCAGAGGAAACAAGCUUCAAGGUGGCUGGACAGAUGGUGGAGGUGGUGGCUACCAGGAUGGUAGCUACAAGGAGAGCAAUUACAGAGAUGCAGGUUUUCAAACAGGUGGCUACCGUGGUGGUGGUGGUGGUGGUGGCUACCAAGGAGGAGGAGGAUAUGGUGGCUACCAGUCAUCUUCAUAUACUGGAAUUGGCUACCAGGGGGGUGGUGGUGGUGGCUACCAGCAAGACAACAGAUACCAAGAUGGUGGGUCCCACAGUGACCGAGGCGGGGGGCGUGGAGGAGGGAGAGGUGGCCGUGGUGGUCGUGGGCGUGGAGGUCAAGGAGGAGGCUGGGGGGGAAGAGGUGGACAGAACUUUAAUCAAGGAGGGCAAUUUGAGCAGCACUUCCAGCAUGGAGGUUAUCAAUAUAAUCAGUCUGGCUUUGGACAAGGAAGACAUUUCACGAGCUGAGGCUGCUAAACUUGCUUCAGCAGAGCUCACAUAGUAGAAACCUGGUUUCAGAGGCCUGGCUUAAUCUCUGCUUGAAUUAGUACAGGUUUGUACAUGGCAGGUAGAAUUUCUUUGGGUGGGAUGUUUUGCGUUGGGCAAAGGGCAACUUCCUGUAGACCUUUCUUUCUGACACUUCCACCUUCAACUUGUUUGCAUUUAAUGGAUCAUCACUACCCACCACACCCUAAAUGUCAACUAAUAACCAAGCUCUUUAGGUGUUGGACUGAUUCCCUUUGCUGAAAACACUUUUGUUCUGAAGCUACCUGCUUUGUUUGCCUUAUAAAAAUAUCAAGACCUGUCUGGUCAAAUUUGUCUUUUAUAGUACACAAUAGAACUUCAGCAUUUUUUUGCCCAAAUCAUUGUUCAAUUACAUGUUAUAAAACCAGUUCUGGGUAUUGGUUUUUUGGCUGUCUGGCCUCUCAUUUUAGUCAUGAAGAUGUUCCACACAGGUGUGCCCACACACAGUAACUCCCACUGACAGACAGUUUUUUUGUCUAUUAUAUGAGCUCUACUCUGGAUGCCAUGUUGGUAACCUUAUUUCCUGCUAAACAAAGUUUAGUUUUCCCACCUUCUCAACUCUGAAGACUAGCUGCUGCCAAAAUCUGCAAAGAUCAUUUAAAACUAAGCUAAACUGCAAACUCAUAGUGUAUGUAGGCCUGUAGUUAGGUGUAGCAAUUCAAACUGACCUGCAUCCAUCCAAAACAAGUUGCUCCUCCUCCAAACCUAAUUUUACUUGAAAUCAGCUAGAAGAAACGACAAACUGAAAUUUAUUUUAUUUGCAAAUCAAUACCACUGGCUCAGCAAAUCUAGGGCAGUUUGUUUUGGGGGUUGUCUUUUUAAAGAAAUGCACUAUGGCCUGGGAAGAUGAGUUCUUCCUGCCUGGAAGAAGCCCUUUUAUUAUUGCUGCAGAAAACAAAGCCUGGCUGAGUUUGAUGUUCUGGUGUUUUUGUUGGUUUUUGUUUUGUGUUUUUUUUUUUUUUUUUUUUUUUUGUUUGGUUUGGGUUUUUUUUUGCCUCAUAAUGCUUCUUGCUGGGUUUUUUUGUGUACAUAAACAUUGUCAAGCUGUGAAAGAAAACGGCAGAAGGUGUACUGUUGUAUAAAAGGUGAGCAAUAAAAGUAACUGUAUGUUC